CCAGUUGAUCUUCCCUUCUGUUAGGAGGGCCAGAAUGGAGUAAUCUAAGAACUGGUUUUAAGAGCAGGCAGGAGUGAAAUGAUGGUCUCUCUUAAUCUCUGGAACUCUUAGUACCUCUUGAUUUACAGUGUAAAUUUUCAUUUCCUGAGCUGCAGUAUUGCUUUCCUUUGGGCCACUAGCCAGUAGGAAGCUUUAUGUGUGGCUAGCAGUCUUAGAUUUCCACAGACUCUUCAACAAACUUUUAAAAGGAUGGUUUUAGCCCUUGUUGUGAGUGCAGGUCAGAAACACUAAAAUAGGGAUCUACUGCAGAGCUUAGAAGAGUUCUUUGUUGGACUGGAUCUGCAGACUGACCUUUGCAUUGCAGAGGUAUCCAGACACUGCUUGUUUUCCCUGAUUUGUGGAGUCCUGAGGCCAGUAGUGAAAUGAGAAUGGUGUGAGGGGCAUGAGCUUACCCUGGGCCUUAGCAGAGGUGAGCAGAGGAAAUGUGAUGGCCAUUUAAUAGUCAAUAUGGAAUGUGUGUGUGUAUAAAAUACAAAUUGCAUCACAUGUGGGAGGAGGGGAGAAGUCCUUUUUUCAGAGUAAGAAAGAAAUUGAAGUUGUGGUUUUGCCAUAAUCUUUUUUUUUUUUUUUUUUUCUCAUGUAAUUGUAAGUUAACAUAACUCCCUCCUGGGCAGGUAAUUUUUGAAGGUGGGUUGUGCUGACAGUUUUUUGCCUUCAGGAUGAUGUAUGGGGGGAAUUUACCUGUUUCAGAACAGUGGCAUCCAAGCACAAUGCAAGGGAAGAUCCUGUGGGUUUUUCUCACUGUGUUGAAGAGACAAGAAUAUGUUUGCUGGCAAGGAGCUGUUGGUGAACGAAACCUUGUUCAUAAUUUGCCAGUUAAGACAGGUAUUUCCUGGUUCUUUGAAGUUAACAGAACCUGCCAACCUCAUAUCAUCCACCAGUGUCACAUCUGAGCGCCCUGGAAACAUUUCUAUCUCUGCAGUACUUCAGGUAGUCUGAAGUUGAUAUGUGGGAGUUGAGACCAGGAGAGGGUGGUGUAGAUGCGAGAUAGGCUGUAAGGUUUGUUUGAACGCAUUUGCACAAGAUUAAAUGGAGACAUAAUAUUAAAUCCACUAGGUGAAGCAUGGGAACAAGUUAGGAUUUGUCCUGAUUGCUGAAUGUGCACAAGGCUUGCUGGCUUGUGGUAGCUAGUCUUGAUUGUUCUCAUUGUGUAGACAAGUUACUGCCUUCUCAUUUUGUAUCUGGAAAAAGCCUGGUUUUUUUGUGGGUGGUUUUUUUUUGGUGGGUUUUUUUUGUGGUUUUUUUGGUGGGUUUUUUUUUAAGUUAUUAUCUUAUUUUCCCUUGCAGGAAACUGUUAAAACUAUGGCUAGCUUUGCCGUUUUUAAUAAGUCAGGGUGAUACUUGUCUCAGCUUAGAAGCUGGAGGGCUCUAUAAGCCCCCUUCACUGCCUUCCAGUUUUACAGCCACCCAUGGCAGUUUUAAUUUUCCAUUCUCAGAAAGUUGAGAUGUGGGGGUAUGGGUGCGCAAUGGGAAUGAAACACAAAAUGGCCAUGAAAUACUGCCUCUAAGUAAGCAUUUCCUGCUGUCACUGCUGGAGACAGAACUGGGCUGGAUGGACACUGGUCUGACAUAGCAGAGUGUUUCUUGUGCUUUCAUUGCUCACCUCGUGCUGUGGAGCACAGGCCAGGUGUGUAAACCAGGUUUUGUGUAGCCAGGUGAUUAAAAUGCUGGUUAGUGUACAUACCAUUAGUACAGUUGCUCAAGAGGGACUGCCUUUUCUUGCAGUACAUGUUAAGGAAAUACUGUUAAUUCAUUUUCAUUUGAACAAUUUGAAUGGAAUAGUUAUUUUCAUUCUUGUGUGCUAACUGCACACUAUAAUUUAUUUUCAACUUGGGACAUUGGUUCUUAGAUGGCUUAGCCUCCAGCUAAGGUAGAUUUUAUAUUAAAGUUUUCUAAGCUAAAUAGAAAAUGUUGUUCAGAGCUUUGCAGAAAGAAAUGUAAAGUGAAAUGAAAUAUCUCAUUCUUCAGUUUUCACAGAGAGCAUUACUUAUAAUGAAUACUGGUUAGUGGUGAGGUAACUUUUUGAAGCUGGGUGACGGAAGUUGGCUAACACUACCUGUUAAGUGGUUGAAAGGGGUAUCUAAGUUGUUGAACUUCAUACAGCUCUUUUAGGAAAUUUGGACACUUACAUGUUUGUGCAAGGCAUUUCAAAAUUAGAGAACUGUUUUUUUCCUCAGUGGCUAGAUGCUCUUGUGAUACCUGUACCACACAAUUGUGUGACAAGAUAAAAUGAAACCAUAUUUUUGAUGUCUUUAUGUUGUAUGUACUUUCUGAAAUUUAAUGAGAAAUUAAUUUAUAGAGGCUUUUUAUUCUACCCAGGCUGAUGUUUAUUUUUGCAAAACUUGAGGAGGUCUCAAAUACAUUAAGUUCGUGAUGUCUCGCAUUUGACUGAUAUCAGCUAAAGGGGUUCAAAAGUUCUUUAGGGAAGGAAAGAGGAGGGCAUGCAUGCGCACAAACAGGGUAUAGUUGCAUAAAUCUUAUUUCAUGCUGAGAACACAUGCAGUAGAACAGAACAAAAAGCCUUUUACUGUAUGGCAUUUCAUGCUCUAAUGGAGUUCUGUGUCAUCUAUGGCAUGGAUAACAAUCUGAUAGGACAUGGUGAUGCUGGAGGCUGAGCCGCAUUUGGCGCGGUCAGGGUAGCAAGAAAAGAUGUCAGUAGGCAGCACAGCAGGUGCAGUGUAUAUUGCUCUGGAGGACUUCAGGUUUUAUGCUGAAGGAAAUAUUAGUCUUUGUGUUUUAUCACUGGUGCAGCAUGGGCCAGUUUGGUUAUGGGGGAGCAGAUCUGUGCCACAAAAUCCAUUGCCCUGCUAUGAUCUCACAGGGGGGUGAGCCCUUUCUUAUCGGACUCUUGAUCUCGUCAUCAGAGAAGACACUCCCAUGCAGCCCUGAGCAUAUCCAGUGCUCAGAGAAGAUCAGGUAGGGGAGGAUAGUUAAUCUGUUUAAAGAUACUGUGGUCCUGAAGAAACUCCUCUUUAUUUUGCUGUAGCAUUUAAGGGCUGGUGAACAGAACUGAACAGCAAAACCAGACACUCUUUUCUCACCUACAACAAACCAGACUUGGAUUGUAAAGGAGCAAAACAAACUGGCAGAAGGAGCUGUGAUAUGCAGAAGAAGGUUUAUUAGUCAUGAAACGAAUUCUUCUGGUUUUUAUCCUGGCUGCUGCUGUUAUGUAUGGUAUCCUGCAUGGAAAUCUGUGGAGAAAUAACUUCUACUGGAUUAGCUUUUAUGGACAGGCUUCCUCUGUGAGAGCUUCUCCUUCCUAUGUGACUAGUGGAGUUACAAUCAGUUACAAUCAGCUACCACCUACGGCUGUAGAGAGGAGGAAUGCAUUGGACACUUGUCUCCUGAAACCAGCAUUUGAAUCUUUACUGGGUGUUGACAAAAUAUACCCAUUCCUGUGCGCUAAUGAUUUUAUCAGAGUGGCAGAGUUCCAAGGGAGCAAUAAGUUUGAACUACCUUAUGGAAUAAAGAGAGCAGAGCAAUUUUUUCGUUUAGCCCUUUCAAGACUGCAGAACUGUGACUUUUCCAGUGAAGAAGACAGCAUUCCCUGUCGACGGUGCGUUGUGGUUGGUAAUGGAGGAGUGCUUCGAAAUAAGACAUUAGGGGAGAAAAUUGACUCGUAUGAUGUCAUAAUAAGAAUGAAUAAUGGCCCUGUGAUAGGGUACGAAGAGGAUGUUGGGAGGAGGACAACUUUCCGCCUUUCUUACCCAGAAUCUAUCUUCUCAGAUCCCAUCCACUACGACCCUAAUACCACUAUUGUUCUCAUUGUCUUCAAACCACGAGACUUGAAGUGGCUUUGGGAGAUACUUGGUGGUCAGAAAAUAAGCGCGAAGGGCUUUUGGAAGAAACCAGCUCUGAAUAUGAUCUACAAAUCGAGUCAAAUCAGGAUUCUUGAUCCCAGCAUCACCAGGAAAACUGCUUAUGAGUGGCUUCAUUUCCCAGCAAGGUUUCCUAAGAAGGAGAAACCCAAGCAUCCAACAACAGGCCUAAUUGCCGUUACACUGGCUUUUCACAUAUGCCAUGAAGUCCACCUGGCAGGCUUCAAGUACGACUUCACUGACCGAAAUAGUUCUUUGCACUACUAUGGCAAUGAAACCAUGUCACAGAUGAUGCAGAAUGAAUACCACAACAUCACCGCUGAGCAGAAAUUUUUGAAGAACCUUAUAGACAAGAACUUUGUGGUCAAUUUGACGUGAAAGCCGAAUGGAAAAUACAAAGAACAAUCACUAUUUUCAAGAUUUGAAAAAUGUUUAUUUUUUUUGUAUGACAUUUUUAUUUUUUAAGUGCAACAUAACUGUUCACUGUUUAAAGGAGCCCAGAAACCUCAUCAAGGCAAAAACUUUUAAGUGAGGGUAAUGGACUGUUCUAAACAGAGUUAACUGAAUUUCUGUGAAGCUAUUUAAUAGUGGGAAAACCAUGAAACUUUCAACUGAAAGUAUCAGGGAUAUCUAAAAAUGGGAAGUACAUCACUUACUUAUCAGUGAGAACUCUUUCCAAAUGAUUAAUUCUCUGGUAUACUUUUGUUUCUGAUGUUGUCCUCCAAAAGAGUUCCACUGUCAAGAGACUGAGAUGACUGGUGUUCAUUCAGUAAGUGGAUGUAAAGUCAUGACUGUCUUCUUGAAUGAAAAUUGCUUUAAAACUAUGCAUCUAAAUCUUUACUGUGUAUUUUGGAGAAGGGGGAACAUACAGACUGUACAGGUUUUGUUCUGCCAUACUCCUGAGGAGAGGAUGUCCACCUUCAUCCAAGCAGCCACAGCUUCUGCAUUGACCACAGACUCUGAGCCUCUGUCUGCCUUUACUGAAGGUGAAGACCCUUUGUCCGAUUUGUGCAGAUGCUGGUGUUGACAAUGCAUGUGUUGUACCCAUUUUAUAGAAUAAUACUCCCUGUGCUGUGCAUCCAGUAAAUUUUACAGUUGCUAACUUGACUUAAAAAAGAGGGAAUAUGAAGACUGAAGAGCUGUCCAAACUACCUGUGUGUCAGCCCCCAUACCACAGUACAAACACAAGCUUGGACAGAGAUGUUCAUGCCUGAGUUUAGAGUCAAUGUUUGUUGGAGUCCUAGUUCUCCAGGACAGCAUCUCAUGCAUUUUUUUGUUUGGUACUCAAAAACAGGUGGAUUUUUCCAAAUGAGGACAAUCUCCUUCCUCAGAUGUUGUAAUACAUCAAUACAAGCAAGGAAUACUCACAUUUUUGGCAUUAGAGUGUGGUAGGGAAUAUCCAGGAUGUACCUCAGCUGAAUUAUCAUUUGUCAUCUGUUUACCUCUUCUGUGUUGAUAUUUAAGUUUGAAUUUGUGGAUGAACUAAAUCAUUUAGCAGUGGGAACUUGUUCAGGAUUUUAGUUGAAACAUUUAAUGAGAUGUUUAUAUUUCCUGUAUUGGUUUGUCUUUGACAAGCCUGUGAAUAAAUGAAAUCUGCUUGAGAACAUGCUUGACAGCUGUCAAAGAACAACAAUAUGCAGUUCCAGUUCUCUCACAGGACAUCUAUAUAAAUUUUUUAUUUUAAUUAUGCCAGAAUUUCUGGAAGAUUUUGUGGUUAUCUUCAUCAAUCAAACCUGAAGAAAGCACAAAUAAGUCCACUUUAAAAAGUCUUUGAAGUUGGUAGGAAUAGCACUGUUGCUUUUCAAUAAAAUUAUAUAGAGAGGACAUUUAGGAGUAAUGUAUACAAUCACAAUAUGAACAUAAACCAGGGUCUUUGUUAUUUUCAGAAGGUGAGGAUUGCAAGAGUACUGAAAACAAUUUAUUUUGCUGCAGCUGUGUAGAGGAAUUGCCAUUUGGUAAUUAGGGGGAGGGCAGUGUGGUCUGGAGAGGUGCCACAGCUAAAGGAAGGAGGCUUUUCUUUUCACCCAGUGCUUCCUGAGAUUUGGUCUGUUUCAAGCAAGGUGGACAUACCUGAAAUAUCUUGAGAUGCCAGAAAAAUCUGUGGCAUGGGCUGGGGAAGGAUGGAGGUGUGCCCCAGCAAGGGACAGAGUGUGCCAUGCUGUCUUGUCUGCUGCAUGUGGCUUGGCUGCAGCUGCACUCCAGCUGUGCGCAGGAUGGCAGGUGGGGGUGUGGAGGAGGGAGGAGCAUGUCCCCAUGUGUUGGAACAGGUGACACUGGUGGUAGAAAUGGAGGAAAUCAUAAUUUCUUCACCAACUGGCAGAAGGGCUCUUAAUUUUUUGUAUUUCCUUUAUUUUUUCCUGAGACUUGGGAGAGAUUUUUGCUUGAAAAUCUCAAUACAAACAGGUGGGGUUUCACUUAAGAAAAUAGUGACAUUAUUGUCUUUGUGUCUCUACCAGCAUUUAUUUCUCCUGGUUAUUUCAGUUAAUUUAAAAGGGAUUCUGCAACCCCAGACCUACAGUGAUUUAAACUCCUGACAAUAGUAAUUCCACUGCAAAAGCUGCUGUGGCAAGGCUUUUUGCAGACAUAGCAGUGUUCUCCAAGCUGUUGUUGCAGAGCAGCCCCUGGUAGAUCUUAGACUUUGUUGAGAGCCAAGACCAGUAGAAGUGGGGGGCUGCCCCUUCACCAUCAAAACCUGUGGUUGCUUCCAGAGCUGGGGCCCCCAGCUCUCCCAUUGGCUGUUGCCAUGGUCCAGCUGCAUCCAUGUAACAUCUUUCAGGAUGCUGUCCAGGAGGAUUUUUUUCCAGGGGAGCUGUUCAGUAUGUUCCCAGACACUGUGAGGGGAGAGUUCUUGUGAUGGUGCAGACUGCAUCCCUCUGCCUCUCCACCCCAGUCUCCAGUUCCAGGAAGUGGGUGGGGAGCUCUGCUUUUGAAGAUGGGGUUAUUUUCUCUGCUUUAUUUCAUCUCCAGAGAUACUCUUCCCACUAAUCUAAACUGAUUCCUUCUCCAGUUUUUCUAGUAGGUUUUCUGCUUUUUUUGGGAGGAUGAGAUUUGGAUUCUAGCUGUAGCAGAUCUAACAAAAUAAUUGGGAAAAAACAGAAGCUUCAUGGCAAACAAAUGGUGUCUCCCAAACUCUUUGUACUUAAAAAAAAUCCCUUUAGUCUUCUUCACUUUAGUCACAUCAGCUUUUUGAUCUCCCUAAAAUAUUUUUUAAAAAUAAUGUUUGGGGUUCUCAAUGAAUUUAAUAUGUUCUCUAUAAGCAUUUAUCCAUAUCAGCUGUUUCUUUUCAUAAGCCUUGCCAUGGUAUGGCUGACUUAUUUUUCAAAUUAAACGGUAUUUCCAGGGAUAUUUUUCUCCCACUUCUGUGCUCCUGCCAGGGGUGUUGUGUCCACCACAGUUACUGUCCCUGGGUGACUGGGUAACAUUUUGAAUGAAACUGUUCCCUUAGGAUCAAGCCAAGGGCUGAUGCUGCUGAUAAACUAUGGGGCAUUUGUGGUGAGGUUUUUGUUGUUGUUGUUGUUGGGGUUUUUGUUUGUUUGGGUUUUUGGGGGGUUUUUUGGGGUUUUUUUUGGAAGCCCAGCUUGCAGGCCACUAGCUUUUCUCCUCUGUAAUAAGCAGUGAGCCAAGUAAUGAAUUUUUCUUCCCACAAGAUGUUUUGUAGGAUCCUGUGUACACCAGUCCUGUUCCAGCAUCUGCUUCACGUACAGCAUUCCUGCUGCUCUGCCUCGAGGACAGGUCUUGCUUUGAACUUCAUUCAGGCAGGAACACCCAUGUGUAGUGUGUUUCUCAGCAGUGAUCACAGAUUCGUGUCUCUUCUGUCUGGGCACACAUUUUCACAGCUGUUUCGCAGUACCAAAGACUUAACUUGGGGCUUUUAGAAUAAAACAAUAACGCUAACACCAAAUAUUUAGAUAGUUUCUGAGCCUGAGCUGUUAUUAAGACUUUUUUUACCUUUUUGCCAUUUCUGAAAAUGAAAUCUGCACUGAAACUUCCCUUUAAAAGCUAUCCAGUUUUUUUUUAUCAUAUCAGGAGUGAAACUGUCAGUUUUGAAUCCCAGGGUGCUGCCAGCUUUAUUUCUGUGUCUGAUAGUGGUGUAACUGUGUACAUCCCCAGUGUCUCCCAUCAUUUUUCUAUCUGAAGUCAGAUGUUCUCCUCCCUUCUCACUCUGUUCCUGUUCUCUGGCAGCUUGCUGAAUUUCUAGACAGCAUCACCUUACAGCAAAGGUGCUUCUGCGUUUUAUCUGCCACCACUCUCAAAAUGCUGCACUGACAGACAGUUCACAUCUCUAAAAUACCAAACUAUGCACAGAACAGGCAGGAUUAAACAUGUUGGCUGAAAGCUCUGUUUGGCUCAGACUUUCGGGUGGUUUCUUUGUUGGGAAACUAUUAUUUCCUCUGCUCUAAUAAUUAGGGAAGUCACAGACUAUUGCACUAAAUAUGAAUCUGAGAGUGCCUAAAAGAUGUUCCUAAACAUAUUCCAGAUAUUUCGAGUAACUACAUAGGUGAUAAUAAUACAGAAUCACAACUUUGGUGUUAAAUUAGCAUGUGGUACUUCUUAUUUCCAAUGCCAUGCUUUCCUUUUUAGCAAUGCUCUGGGAGAGAGUAUAAAUACACUCACUUUUAAGUGGAUUCUGAUUUUUAAGAACAUACAAAGCUCAGCAUAUGUUUUUGGUAUUGGGAAAUACUUAUUUUAUUUGCCAUUUGUCUUAAGUUUUAUAUGCCUUUAAACUGCCACCUGUAUUUUGAAGAAUUCUUAGAGUUGUUUCAAGUGAAAUUUUGAAUGCUACAGAUGGAAGGAGAUUAUUUUCCUGUGAAUAAACUGUUAACAAAGACA